UCCGAGAAGCGAAAACACAGGAGGCAAACAGAAUGAUAUUCAUGGAAGUAAAUCCAGUGUAACCUGGCAACCGGGACACUCGAUCUGCCUGAUCAGCCAGUCUGACCGAAGGAGCUGGUACAACCAACCUCUACUGAUAUAAUUAACUCCGAUAUUUAUCUAUCGAUCUACCUUGUUAUGAAGAAGAGGGCUGAAGACGGACGGUGCUGAUGCUACAGGCACCGGUGCAGAGCGGUGAAAGAAAUAAACGACAAGAUGCCGGUUCAGAUCCCGGACGAUUCCGAUUUCAACUCGUUCAGGGAACAGUGUGAGACCCUGGAAGGAUGGACUGUACACUACAAUAAAGCGGGGGUGACGGUGUGGUGCAGGGACCAACAGGAGAGUAAAACUGUGCAGAAAUUAAAGAUGAAAAUAGUCUGCAAGGAUGUAACUGCAGAAACGCUGUAUGAUGUCCUGCACGACACCAGCUACCGUAAAAAAUGGGAUUCCAACAUGAUUGAUACCUACGACAUUGGAAAGCUGACAGUCAAUGCUGACGUGGGCUAUUACUCAUGGAGGUGCCCGAGUCCGCUAAAGAACAGAGAUUUUAUCACCCUGCGAUCCUGGCUUCCUCUUGGCGGUGACUACAUGAUUAUUAACUACUCUGUCAAGCAUCCGAAAUAUCCCCAAAAGAAAGACUAUGUGAGAGGUGUGUCAGUGCAGACAGGCUACCUGAUCAAAUCCAACGGAGUCAACAGCACCCUCUACUAUCUGACACAGGUGGACCCCAAAGGUUCCUUACCAAAGUGGGUGGUGAAUAAAGUAUCUCAGUUUGUGGCUCCAAAGGCAAUGAAGAAGAUCUAUAAGGCCUGUCUGAAGUACCCCGAGUGGAAACGGAAGCACGACCCCCACCUGAAGCCCUGGCUGUACCCCGAGCAGAACACCCUGCCCAGCAUCAACCCGGCAGAGCUGUCCCUGCAACACGCUGACUCGCUGGAGAACAUCGACGAGAGCGGGCUGAGCGAGGAAAAGGGGCAUAUCAGCGACGAGGAGGACAGCUACUCCAAAGAGUCCUAAUGUGAGCACAGUCAGCUCACUGAGCAUGUAAUACUGAGCCUGAUCACAGGGCAAUAACCCCGGCAGAGCCACUCCAAACCGGACCCCCACACAAUCACUGCAGAUUACCCCCAGGAGCCCCAACGACAAGCACAUACACCUCCAUUAAACACUUACUGAACAACAUGCACAGUAAAACCCUCCGAGCCAUUCAGUAGCACAGUCAUUGACAGUUACUAUCCCAAUACAAUUAUACUGAGCAACUGUACUUAAAUACUGUACAAUUAUCCCAUGCAGCUAAUAUCCAUGUUCUUAUUUUAUAUAAUCUAUUUCUACUUGGGCUUUUCCCCACUAGCCAUUCACUCACUCCUGUGCAAGCUCCAUGUCCCAGUCGAGGAUAGCUAGCACACACCCACCUAUCUCAAUGUGACCACUGACACUUCUAACAAUCAUGAUGUCCAUUAUAUCUAGUGAAUCUAAUACAAGUACAACAUCUGAAGACAUUGCAAGUUUCUUUAAGUAUGUCUUUAUUCAGCACUGUUAUGGAUGACAAACCCAAUACUAAUCAAUUCAAAGUUCCCCCAAUGAAACACAAAGGAAGUGAUUGCAACAUGAUUGAAUGUAGCUAAAUCCUACAGCUACUGACAACAUAUACCUUAGAAACGGGGGGGGGGGGGGGGGACAGCAUCAAUCAAUGACUCAUACACUAUAGUACCUCUGUAGUAAAGAUGACAUAUUCAGGAAAGCGUAUUAAGCAUCAGAUUUUUUAUAAUCUAUUUUUCUGAAUGUUUUCUAACUUUCACUUCAACACAGUCAGGUAGCCUUUUGCUGCAGACAGGUAAUUGAAAUUGAACACUUGUUAUGGUACUGCAAUAAUAAUAAUAAUAAUAAUAAUAAUAAUAAUAAUAAUAAUAAUAAUAAUAAUAAUAAUAAUAAUGACUGGGUGAGUGUUUUAAACUUUUAGACCCAGCAAUCUGAUUAUUAAUUAAUAAUACAUUCUCAAAAUAUUUCUAAAUUGGAAGGCUCGCUUGUAUAGAAUUUUUUGAAGAUUAACUUAUUAUAUAGUACAGUACAGUAUAUAUAAUUACAAACUGAGGACUAGGAUAUAGAAAUUGUAUGUUUAAAAUGUAUUUUGUGCAUGUACGUUCCAGGUCAUCUUUUAUUGGUAGUGUCUAUAAUACACUGUAAUUACACUGUUAUUGCUUGUGAGGUUACAUGGUUAUUACACUCUAAAUACACAACCAUACGUUUAUAUAUUGUGAUGCCAGUACAGAUGCCAGUAGAUGCCAAUAGAUGCAAGUAACUGACUUUUUGUUUUUACACAGUUACACCAUCUGUAAUAUAACAAGAAAAGCCUGAAUUGUUUUAAAUUUGCAUGAGUUAAGACAUGAUUCCCUUUGCAAUACAGAAAUUGGACAAUACUUUGUUUUGCCAGAAAUAGACUAUGUAACACGCACAGUUUAAUUAGAGUUGCACAAGUGGCGAGGCAUCUUACUUGUUUUCUGUUUGAAACGAUCACAGUCUGUUUAAAACCCUAUCACGCGUCUAUUGAAAGAGACUAAAAAAAUCAAAAGCUUCUUGAAUAAUUAAAGCAGAAAAAUAUGAUGCCGAUUUUGUGGACUCAACUGUAACACUGCAACAGUACAGUACCAUUUUUUAUAUAGCACCCUUUAUGCUAUGGCAUCUCAGAACGCUGUAGGCACAAUACACUCCAGCUACAAUUAUAUAAAAGCACAUUACAAAAAGGAUGUUUUCAAUUUCAAAUAAGAAUCCAGAAAGAACAGGUUAGUAAGAUAUGUUGUUUGAGGCAUGAUAUUACUCGAUUCCGAUGAUGCAUGCAGUUUGCAGCACCUACAAAGUACUGUAUUGUUACUGCUGUUGAGUUUGGUGAGCCUGACAUUCCAAACAGGAAUCCCACAGGAAGCACAAGCAGCUGUUUCUAGGUUUGUUUUGCUGCCUCAAUCAAAGCCAACGGCUCACUCUUUCAAUGUUUGUUAAUUUUUUCCUUGCAAAUAAAAAUAGGAAACAUACUGAUACAGUUCCUGGAAAUCUGGGCAAAAUGAACUGCAGAAUUUACAGAGAAAUAUGAAUGAAUACCUCCCUUCCUGCUGCUGUAUUAUGUAGACAGUGAUGUUAGUGUUUGCAGUUCUUCUUUUGCUGAGAAUUUGAAUUCUUGUAGGCAUUACCAACUUACAGGCCUACCAAAUUGGGCGUAGUCCAUUCAGUCUUUGAAACCUGGUAACACAAACCAUUUGAAUGUAUCCUAACAACAGGAACUGCCCUUCCCAAACCAAAUUUAUGGAUUGACGAAAUGACUUUUCUCAAAUGAGGCACUGUCAUUUCUAUUGAACGGUUAUGAGUUUAAAAUGGCCCCGACAUUUCUGAUUUCUGUCCUCUGUGUGUUUUAUAUCAUUUGGUAGGCCUGGACUGGUUUGAUACUCAGAGUUGAUGCUGUGUCUUAUGUCCAACUGGCGAAAGGAUUCGAUUGUUUUGUGUUUGGUUGUUUGCUUUUUUUUUCUUUCAAAAAUAAUAAAAAGGGUUUCUGAAA